AGAGGGGGAGAGCUUGAGUGGCAGAGGAGGUACAAAAGAGAGAGAGAAAGGGAGGGAGACAGAGCGGGCACACACAGGAAUAGAAGACAGAGUGUGUUAUGUACUGCAGUAGAAUGAGGGUGAGAGGGAGAACCAAGAAGAAGCAUUUGAGCUGCCAGCGUUCCGCAGAUCACUCAGGAUCCAUCGCCUUGCAGCCCGUUUUCUGAAGAGGGACGGAGAAGAAGAUCGGCACCGUGGAGGCGAGAAGGAGAAGGAGGAGGGGGGCUGAGGAGGGAGAAGCCAGAGGUUCCACGCACAAGAUGGCUGCUGUGUCCUCUGCUUCUGAGGCUGGGGAUCCCGGGGGUCGCCACCCACCGGAGCGCAGGCUGCUGCUCCUGGGGGGGCCACAAUCUGGGAAGACGUCCACCGCCAACACCAUCCUGGGGGAGGAGGUGUUCGAGGCCGGGACGGAGACCACACACAGCAACGUGGGCCAGACGGAAAUCUACGGCAGGCGCGUGACGGUGGUCGACACCCCGCAGUGGGCCAUCCCCAGCGACCGGGACGAUGACACCGAAGCGGACGACAACGACAACGCCGGCGCAGAGUCGGACUCCCCGCGGCAGCCGCCCCCGAGCCUGGACAGCGAGGGGCCAUGUAUGGGAGCCAUCCUCUGCCCUCCAGGACCCCACGCCAUCCUGCUGGUGGUGUCGGUCACCCAGCCCUUCACCGACACGCAGAGGCGGGCCGCGGAGGAGCAGCUGGGGGCGCUGGGCGGGGGGACCUGGAGGUACUCCAUGGUGCUCUUCACUGGGAUAGACAAGCUGCCCAAAGGGAUCUUCAUCGAGGAGCACAUCGCCAACACCGGAGAGGCCCUGCAGUGGUUGGUGGAGAGGUGUGGAAGCAGGUACCAUGCCUUUGAUAACACUCGGAAAGACAGGGAGGACAACACCCAGGUACCCGAGCUGAUGGAGAAGGUGGAGGAAAUGAUCACUGACAACCAAGGCUGGUACUUUGAAGUGAAUGAGCUGAUUCUGCUGGAAGAGGAGCAGGCCAGGAGAGCUCUGGAGGAGGAGAGGAUGAGGAUGGAGGAGCAUGUUAGACAGAGGGAGCAGAUGAUCGGAGGGCCUCCCAGAGAGCUGAGAGUGCUCUUACUUGGCUGGAAGGGUGUGGGAAAGAGCUCAGUGGGGAACUCCAUCCUUGGCCGCCGGGACUUUGAGGCAGGCCAGGAGACGGAGCUGUGCCUGAGGAGGCAGGCGCUGGUAUCGGGUCGCAGGGUCACCAUAGUCGAUACCCCGGGGUGGGACUGGUUCUCGGUGAGGCGGACCCCGAAGCGAAUCCGCCAUGAGUCGCAGCGCGGCGCGGCCCUCCUCCGACCGGGACCCCACACCCUGCUGCUGGUCCUCCCUGUCGUCUCAUCUCUCACUGCCAGGAAGCGGCGAACCCUCCUGGCUCACAUUGAGACUCUGUUUGGCGACAACGCGUGCCUCCACACCAUGGUGCUGUUCAGCUGUGGUGACUGGCUGGGCCGCACGCCCAUCGAAGAGCACAUUCUUAGAGGCGGGAGGGAGCUGCACAGACUGCUGGAGUACUGUGGGAACUAUUACCACGUCCUGGACAGUAAGACCCCCGGCAAGGACAGGAGCAUCUCAGACCUGCUGGAUAAGAUAGAGGAGAUGAUCAGGGAGAAUGGCGACGAGGCUUUCCUCCCCAUACAGAGCGAGUGGUUGAGCGAGGAGAGCUCUCAGUCCUCUGAUAACACCGAGCCCGAGGAUGAUUGUAGAGGAUGCCAGCUCCAGUGAUACGAUGGCAAUGAAGCGAAAGUGGAAUCCGGCUUUUUAAACCUCGCCCUGAGUCUUCAGCAGGCCCAAACAUCACCUCAUAUAACUUAAACCUCAUCUACAUAUCCCUCUCCAACUCUGAAGAGUUUUAGGAGAAACUGAGAUAUAACAAAGGGUUUGUACUAGGGCUGCACGAAGUGGUUAAAAAAAAAUCAUAUUGUGAUUAUUUUGACAGAUAUUGUGAUAAUAUUUGCGAUCUUAGUGGGAGUGAUCAUUUUCGCAUCAUAAUUUUCAUUUUUACCAGGAAAAAAUAGUAAAAUGAGGAUGGUGUGAUUUUUACUUGGGUCUCCGCCAAACCAUGUUUUUAUUUUUUACAUCUAAAGAACAUAAUUUAUAGGUAUACUGUCACAUUUAAUCUUUAUCAACAAACUGACACUGCUGCGAUUUGGAUAUUGCUCUUAUCCAUAUUGGGAUUUCGAUAUGAUCUCGGUUAAUUGUGCAGCCCUAGUUUGUACAGCAGUUUUGUGAUAGCUUCAUGGUAGAAUUUGGAAAGACCAAACUCACUGAUCACUGGGCAAGAUGCAACUUGACUGAAAGUGCUGCCUAGUGCAACGAAUAAGCUCAUCGGAGACUAAAUGUUCUGUGUAUGGCAAAGACACCGACUGCUGCUAAAGAGACCCUGCCUCAACACUGCAACAUUAGAGUGAAGCGUCAUUAGAGUCAUUGUAAUUCCAUGUUCAGACCGUACUGAUAAGCUGAUGUGCUUUGUGUUACAAGUUGAAAGCGCAGUGACUGUGUCUGCACUGCGAUGCAGUCUGCAGUGGCUUGAUGCAUCGUGUCCCUUCGCUUUCAUUUGAAGUCGUAGCUUAGAGUGCAAGCGCAGCAGAAGACCAUAUUAUCAGCACCAGUCACAUUUGGUGGUACGUCUUCAGCAAGUUUGUGACACUGGAUCUGUGAAAGACUGAGAGGCACGAGACCAUACAUGUACCACAACAUUUAGCCGGGAUUUAACACUAUAGUCUUCUCCUUGUAGAUCUCAUCCCCUGUCAUUGUGUUUUUGUAGCUCGCAUUCAGCCCAAAUUAAUAGGAGACAAAUGGAAACGGCUUGAGUGAAAUCAGCCUAUCGAAAAAACAGCAGACGCACUGUACAGUCACUCAACCAAAAUGUGCUUAUUGUAACAAAAUGUAAUGAUGCGUACUGGAAUGCUUACACACAAAUGUACUAAUGAGGAGAAACUUUGGAUGGCUGUACACUCCGGUUAUAAAUUUACAGAUCAAACAUAGUAACAUUAUGAUCCUCUACAUGAGUGAUAUCAAAUUAGAUUUAUCUUCAUUAGCAUUUUAUUAGGAAAUGUGGAUUGAAUCAAGUCCCUUGGGGCUAAUUCUGACACAUUUACAGAAAUGCUGAUUAGUGCUAAACUGCAGACAUUAAUUGAAAUUUAAGAAUUUGCUUGAGUUUGCUUGGACCAAAAGAUUGUCAGUGUCUGCACUUUUGGUGUGAACCAAUCAGUUCUGUUGUGCAAGAUAUAAUUGAUCGAGCACAUAAAAUUAAUUGAAUCCAUUCAAAGGAGCAAUUAUAGUAAUUCAGACCAGGUCUGGCAUGCCGUCCACAUCCAAGACGUGCUGUGGAAACAGUAAAGAAAAACCUGCAUUUGAACUGCGUGCAUUCUCAGAAUCCCUCGAACCGCUGUCUCUGCUUUGUUCUGUUUUGUGCUCAUGCACCCAGUGCGGUUAUCGAUAAGGCAGAUUCAGCAAUGUGCCUCAGCAUCCAAGAGUGGGACUGGGAGCGUGGUCCUGCGGCAGGGCAGCGUCCCGUGCAGGCUACUUCAAACUAACAAUCGCAUGCUACAGAAACAAGACGUAACCUCAUGAAUCGCUCCAGCUCAAAGAGGGCUUUUCCUACCUGUCAACUUUUUCUACGUCAUUGUGACACUGGCUCCUGACAUCAGUAGUGAUGUGUUGGAAAAAAAAGAGAUCUUCAACUCCCAGAGGCAUGUUGAUAAAGAGUGCAUGCACCUAAGAUAAAUCAGUGCCUAUAGAGUUGUUGGCAACCUCACUUCUGUGUUUUUUUCAAGAACAAAGUCAAGUCGCUGUGAAUUUCUGAUGAGACACCACAUCUCUCUACCUUUAUAACUCUGCAAAAAAAAUUAAUAAAUACAAAAAAAAAAAAAAAACAUUCAUGCCCAGUACUGUUCAGAUUGGCACAAUAGUGUAAAAAGCUAUAUACUAUAUGUGACCAAUAGCACUGCCAUGCUUU